AUGAAAAGUUGGGACCAUGAGCAACUGCUCGAAUGGAUCCAGCAGACACAACCAAACAUUUUCCGCGAUGACGAGGACGUUGUGACAUUCAAAGCGGCAGAAAUCAGCGGCACUACCUUCUUGGAAUGUGCUGGGAAUCUAGACUUCUUCAGAAGAAUUCAUCUGCCCUAUGGGGUCUAUUGGGGUCUUGCGUAUCUUGGGAAAGAAGUCGUCGAACUGAACAAUCAACCAAACCAAACAGCCGGCCGAAAGAGGAAAGGAGAUGAAACAGACCCACCUGAAGAGCCGCCCACUUCACCAAAAAGACGUCAAAAACAAAAAGAAACCCUGACACAAUUGGCCACCGAAGCGAAUAGGCGAAGAAAGGCAAUCAAGGAUAUGAUUACACAGAUGAACGACUUUCCUGACCAGCGUUCUAAUUCCGUCGAUCCUCUUCCUGGAGCUGUCGAUAAACUUUCCGACCCUACACUAAAUCACACGCUCGACUUCCCAUUUGUCGGCUGUAUGCCAGAACGAUUUAACGAGCCCGGUAUAGAUGACGACAGGUGGCUAUAUAUGGGGAGGACGAUGUUCAAAAACCUCCUCCGCGAGGGCUUUGGGAAGUCUCACUUUCUGGCUGCCCUCGUCUGCUACUUUGCCGCUCAAGAUGAACGGGUCGUCUACCUACCGGACUGCCAGGGGUUGCUCGAUAACCCUAUUUCCUACGUCACCAAAGCAAUGCUGUUCGCCUGGGCGGACGAUCUCAGCACCCAAGAGGAGAUCAUGGAUCUACGCACUCAAGACCAGAUCGAUGACUUCUUCAGGUUCGAGAAAAACGUCAUAUUUGUCGUUGAUGAGAUGAAUGCUUUCAAGACUAAUGGUAUUGCAAACACGGAGAAGACCGCAAGGCUACGUGAGUGGGUGAUCAGUUUCACUUCUCCCCAUAAAACAAUCUUCAGUUCCUCUGCAAAUUCUACGGACGACCUCGAAGAGUUUAAACGUCAGACCUCGAACAGUGUGGUACGCGUCUAUGGCGGUUUCAAUGAGACCGCAAUGAAGCAGUGGUGGAAGCAGCAUGAAGAUAUUGAGAUGGGGGAGUACAACCGGGAUAUGGUCGAAGACGCCACGGGCUGCAUCCCUUUGCUCUUAAAUGAAUGCGUGGUGGGUAAGACGAUUGAUUUAACAGUACCGAGAUUCCACCAAAUCUCCGACGACGCUGCGGGUUUUGUACAGCGAAUCAGGUCUACUGUUAAGGGUUUUUUCGACUACGUGACGGCUUGUACCCGUAAUGAGCCUGUACCACGUGGAUGGAACGAACAUAUCAAACUAGUCGGCCAUCGAUACUUUUAUCGCAACAACAACGGCACUGGAGGAUAUACUUGCGGAUUAGUUCGUGACGCUGUCACCAAUCAGCUUCUCGAGUUGGAUAUUAGUUUCAUCAACACCGACUUUCUAGCUUCAUUGCGCGACUUUGCCUAUAAUCGAUCUCUCGUGGGGUUUAUGAUGGCAUACGCCGUCCUCGCAUCUAUCCGGUCAAAAUGGUUAAAGGUUUGUGAGGGCAUUGACAAAGGCAUGCAGCUAAGGCUCUUCAAGAAGCCAUCCGACAUUCGCUUCGAUAUCGACGAUACACCGGUGCUUUAUCGCCCACGUGAUACUAAUUACAGGACCAUCGAUGGAAUGAUUGUCUUAAUCAGGACAAAAAGAUCCCAUGAAGAUAAGGCGAAAUUGCUCAUCUUCCCCAUCCAGAUCACAGUGGCCAAAAAGCAUUCGAAGUCUCAUCUAAGAUUCUUACAUGAAUACCGCAAGUGGGCCGAGGAUAAACGUUCCGAUUUUGAUAUAGGACUUGAAUUCCUCUGGAUCACCCCGGGUAAGCGGGAUAUUAUACCACACCAGGCCGAUUUACCAUGGCCUGAAUAUAAGGAGCAUUAUAUUCCUUUCGAGGAUGUCAGCAUGGACAUCUGGACCAAGUACCAAGGAGCACAGGGAGGUGAAGAGGAAAAAGAUGGAUAA